AUGGAAGACUUUCACGUCCCUGUCCAUUAUUACUUGGUUCUUGCGGCGGCUCUAUUGGUGGCAUGGCACAUACGUAACAAAGCAGGCAAGACUGGCAAGGCCGGAGCACCGGCUGCUAAAUCGAGCAAGAUCAAGAGUGCUUCUAAAUCGUUUCUGGUGAGUUCAGUACAUUCUGACUUUGAUUGGAGAAAUGAGGUGCCUUUGAAAUCGUACCCUUACAAGGAUAAGGAGUAUCGCAUGACGAUGGGCAUUCUGAAGUUGGAUAUCAAGGAAUGGCUCUUGAUCGACAACACUUACUUGGAUGACCUCGAGGAAAAGAGAAAGAUUCUCCACAACUGUAACCCAAAGUACCCAAAGGAAAAAGAUUUGAGAUCAAGCACUCUAUUUGAGUCUCCAGAGGCGGAUCUUGCCAUAAGAGAGUUCUACGAUACUGUUUUGAAGUACAUGUGUAGUAAGUUUCCUAUGUACUUCAAGAAGGACGAGAAGAACAUCUUAAAUACAAUCACUGGUGAACGGCUUCCGCUUUCGGGAAGAGCCAACCACUCUAGAACUGAGCUUUUGGAAGCGUUGACCAGAACAAUCCAGGAGGAUUUCAUUAUUUUACUUAAAGAUCCCAGCAGAAAGGAUGAGAAGUAUGGAGAUGAGUACUUUUUUAAGGGCGGUGUGUUUGCUUUUGCUGCGGGUUUUGACCCAAUAAACAAGUUUGACAAGCCACUCACUAGCAUUCACGCUCCAAUCCCUGGUUAUGAGGAGAAACUCAAGAAGUCGAUGAAUCGCUAUUUUGAUCGUCUUGCUCCGUGUGAAAUUGUCUUGAGGUCCAAUUUCUCGAUCCAGACUCAUGAAAAAUUUUACGUUGAUGAUGACAACAAAGGUUAUCACAAGGACUAUUUGCAGCCCGAGAAAGAAUUCAAUUUCGACGCAGCGAAUCAAAUUCAUUAUCGCAGCGAACGUCAAACUCUCACCAAGUUGCCAGAGCUGGGCGCUAUUAGAAGUAUCCAGAGGAUGGAAAACGGCUUGCUGGUGCAAUCAGAGGUUUACCUCGCGACUUAG